AUGGCUUUUGCUCAGCAACAAAGAAGACCCACUCACAGAUUCACAUCUAGCGCAUUUUCAUCUGAAGAAUAUUCCGACAGCAAUGAUCCAGCACAGCAGCCACAACAAUACCAUCAUAAUGGCUAUCAAUCCAUGUCAGACUCUGACACAGACUGGCAUGUAAUUAGUUCAGCACUACAAUCAACCUCGUCGCCUAUAUUCACAUCAGAGACUGAAUCCUAUGCUUCAUCUACCCGCAUUAUAUCAGACACUGAUUCAGAUUUUGAGCAUCAAAAUUCCAUCGCAUUUCUACCCUCUCAUGAUGGCACUGGCACGUUUCUAUUAGAGGACUCCUCAGACCAAAACACAACGACCAGUGCAAGCAAUGCACCAUCAUCCGUGGAAGACGAUGACUCUGAUUCAGAUGAAUUUAAAAAGGCCAUACAUAGACUCAUGGAGAAUGGCUCCAAUGAGGUCGACAUAACGUUACCUCACGGCGGUAUUACACCACCUUCAUUCGCCAUGAGCAACGAUAAUGAUGUCCAGCCUCCCUCUUUUGUACCAACUGCAGCAGGCUUGAAUUCUCAGAAAUUAACAAAUGGGGUGUCGUCAGCUGACGAAGUGAACAGCACAUUAUUGUCAGAUGAAGCAGAUAACGGUGCUACAAGGAGAUAUCAUAAUGAUAAUAUCAAAUUCACAUCAAAAAGGCAAGUAAAUCUUGAUAGAAUACCAAUUCACCAUCCUGGUAUCCCAGGCUCCUCAACAUCUGCUGCCAUUUUAUCCAUCGUUUGGAACAGCUUGAGAAGAUUAAGAAACCACAUUUUAGAGAAUGAUACAAACACUGUAGAAACGCUGAGUACGCUCAUGUCUGAGGCCAUGUUUGAAGGUUGCAUGCCUUUCAGUUCACAUCUACACAUGGAAUUCGAUAACGGCAUUCGACCCUCCUCUUCAUUCUUUGAAGGAAAUAUUGCAAUUUAA